AUGAUGCCGUCAAAUUUCAGUCCGGAUGGAGCGGGAACGACUACCCCGCACAGUUAUAAGCCCGCAUCCCUAAAUCUCACGCGACGGCUCUUCUGUACGGACAAGUGA